AUGAUGUCGCAAAGUUUUUCCAUAAAUAUGGCCCCGAACGGUGCAGGCUGGUGGUGUGUGGUGGCAGUGUUCGUAAGCCUAUGCAUUGGGCAUAGUUCACCGUACAAACUAUCACAAUCCGAUCCGGACACGAUACGGAUCAAUUUAGGCAAUAAAAAGCUCGUGAAGGAAACGGUCCCACUCGACGCCAAGCUGACCAUCAAGUGCAAUUUCGACAGUCCCACGUGGUACAGGAAUGGUAAACUGAUUGCGGUGGAUCAUAAGCGUGCGAAAUCAUUGCGUUUUGAGCAUGUUCGCAAAACCGAUGCCGGUUACUAUUCGUGCGGAUCCGAAUUUAACGAAUGGUCCAACCUGACCCUAUCCGUGUUCAGUCAGGAAACGGACCAAUACCAAAGCGACGGUGCCGGAAUGGCAAAUCUGGAACGCAAAAGUUUACAUGCAACAUCGGCCGGACCCGCACCCGGUAGUGUUAAACCUCUGGACAUACUAGACAACGAGCUGAAGGAAGGUCCUCCGCGGAUACUGGGUACACGCGAUGAACCGUACCCGAGCUCGGUUGUUCGCGAGGUGGGUGAAGACUAUCGGUUAAAGUGUGACGCGGUCGGUCAACCAGUGCCGCACAUCAGCUGGCAGAAGGAUGGCCAAGAAUAUCGGGACAAUUCGUACAAAUCGACCAUCGUGUUCAAGCAGCUGAUGCCGACGGACGCCGGCACGUACGUGUGCGUGGUGUGCAACGUGCACGGGUGUGUAAAUUCAACAACCGAGCUGGAGGUGGUCGAAUCGGGAGAGCUCGAACCGGCUUACAUUCAGCACAACACCAUGGAAAGCCAUUCCCAGCUGCAGGGAGAUGUUCGACCGGGUCCGGCCCAGGAUACGGUGAUGGUGCGUGCGAUGGGCCGGUACUACCCGGUCGCUACCGAGAAACGAAUGCUCCAACCCGAAGAGGACGCGGAAGAGGAAGAUGAUGAUGACGAGGGAGAAGAUCCGUCCAAUGGAACCGGUGUGCACGGGGCCGACACGACGGAGGAUAGCGCGGGUGCGGUAAACGGAUCCGGUACGCCACCGCCCGACCGUUGGCCCGAGUUCAUGAAGAAGGAACACAUGCCGAAGAUUGUGUCGAAGCCGUCCGGCAACAUGGUGCGGCUACGGUGUCCUGCCGACGGGUAUCCGAAACCGAACAUCACCUGGACGAAGGAUGGGCGCGAAAUCGAACGCACCAUGGGGCAGGUGAAGAAGGUCAACUGGGCGAUCGUGUUGGAGGAUCUGGUGCCGCAGGAUUCGGGCUUUUACACCUGCACCGUGUGUAACCGGUUGGGAUGCGCCGACUUUACUACCAAGCUGGAAGUGAAAGAUCGCUUCCCAGCUCGUCCACUGUUUACGGAACGUCCGAAGAAUGUGACCACACUGGUAAACACUACCGCCAUCUUCCGCUGUCCAACGCUGUCCGAACUGGAGCCACACAUUGAGUGGGUGAAGCUACGCAUUGUCGAGCUGGAGAAUGUAUCCAUACCGGAAAAUCUUAAGCUGAAGCGUGAUCCGGAUAAUCCUGAAGUGUUGACGCUGGAAAACGUAACUCAUGCAGACGAAGGUUGGUACACCUGCAUUGCGGCCAACAGCCUUGGUGCGUCGUACGAGAGUGCGUACCUGCAGGUGUUGGACGAACUACCCCCGGACGACACCCCAACGGCACAUCCCGUCCGAACACAUUCGACGCUGAUCAUGGGCAUGACGUUCUUUCUGUGCGUCUGUUUCGUGGUGCUGGCCGGCGUGGUGAUCAUAGUCUGCAAAAAGCUAAAGCGCGAAAAGAUGAAGCAUCGCGCCAUGGAACAUGUUAACCAGUGGACGAAGAAGGUGAUCGUGUUGAAGCAACCGAUCGUCGAAAGUAGCAUACCGGGCAUGUCAGAGGCAUUGCAAAUGCCGAUCGUUCGCAUCGAGAAACAACGGUCGACGCUGGUGCAAAGUGGAAACUGUGAUCCUACCAUGAUCUCGGAGUACGAGUUUCCGAUUGAUCUGAAUUGGGAGUUUCCCCGCAACAAGCUACAUCUGGGCAAGAGUCUCGGCGAGGGAAUGUUUGGAAAGGUCGUCAUGGCGGAAGCGCACGGGCUUGUCAAAGGUCAUCCAUCUACCGUGGUUGCCGUUAAGAUGCUAAAGGAGGGACAUACGGAUGCCGAUGUCAAAGAUCUCGUGUGUGAAAUGGAGGUGAUGAAGAUGAUUGGAAAGCAUGUGAAUAUCAUCAAUCUGCUAGGGUGCUGCUGCAAGGAUGGUCCACUGUACGUGAUUGUUGAGUAUGCUCCACACGGCAAUCUGAAGAACUUCCUGCGAAGUCAUCGCUUUGGAUCGAACUACGAGGCAACCAAUGAGAAGGAAAAGAAAAUUCUCACCCAAAAGGAGCUUAUCUCGUUCGCGUAUCAGAUAGCGCGUGGCAUGGAACAUUUGGCUUCGAGAAGGUGCAUUCAUCGAGAUCUGGCGGCCCGAAAUAUCUUGGUGAGCGACAACUACGUGAUGAAGAUAGCCGACUUUGGGUUAGCCAGAGACAUCCACGAUCAGGAAUAUUACCGAAAGACGACCACUGGCAAACUACCGAUCCGAUGGAUGGCACCGGAAUCUCUGGAAGAGAAGUUCUACGACUCGCAAAGCGAUGUAUGGUCUUUUGGCGUGCUUUUGUGGGAAAUUAUGACACUGGGAGGAAAUCCUUACCCGUCAAUCCCAACGUGGGAUAAUUUGCUGGAACACUUGAAAAAAGGCAAACGGAUGGAAAAACCUCCGCUAUGUUCGAUUGAAAUAUACCUGUUCAUGCGAGAGUGUUGGCAUUAUCGACCAGAAGAGCGGCCCACGUUCAGUGAAAUCGUGCAACACUUGGAUCGGCUUGUGAGCAUAACGUCCAACGAAGAAUACCUAGACCUAGGACUACCGCAGCUAGAAACUCCACCAUCUAGCGACGAUAGCGACGACGAAGAGGACGAGGAGGAUUGCGACGACCAAGCGGGCACGGAACACGAACGUGUACACAUGUAUCGAUUUAAUAGAAGCUACAACAACGACUGUAUCUACUAA